UGUUGGGGAAGCAAAGAGUCAGAGCUGCAAAGGUGGUGAUGAUUUGUCUGACUUAUUCAAUGGAAGUAAAGAGCAGGAAUAUCCAACUGCAUCAGAACAAACAGUUGUAAGAAAUCUCAAGAAUCUAAAAUUUGAGGCUUGUGCUCCACAUCAGGAUAAAGUCAAGCUGUCGAGUCUCAGGCGUCAUUUGAAAAUCCAUUCGGAUGAGAAACGUCACGUGUGUCACCUCUGCCCGAAGGCCUUCCGCACAGCAGCUCUGCUGCACAACCAUGUGAACACACAUACAGGGAACAAACCCCAUAAAUGCAGUGAGUGUGACACGGCCUUUGUGACUCGAGGGGAGCUUGCACGACACAGGAGGUACAAGCACACUUUGGAGAAGCCUUUCAAGUGCACAAUAUGUGAAUACUCCAGUGUAGAAGCCAGCAAGAUGAGACGCCACGUUCGCUCGCACACCGGAGAGCGGCCCUACCCCUGUCACCUGUGCAGCUAUGCCAGCAAAGAUGCCUGCAAACUGAAAAGGCACAUGUUAACUCACACAGGUGAAAAACGCUAUGAAUGUUACGUUUGCCAAGCCAGAUUCACUCAGAGUGGUACCAUGAAAAUCCAUGUGUUACAGAAACAUGGAGAAAAUGUGCCAAAACACCAAUGUCCACAUUGUAGUACUUUCCUUUCCCGAAAAAGUGACUUGGGUGUCCACCUGAGGAAUCUGCAUUCCUACAUGGAAGAGGCAGUGAAGUGCAGGGACUGUGAGGCAGCUUUCCACGAGCGCUACGCCUUCCUUCAGCACAGGAAGACUCACAGGAGAGAAAAAAGCUUCAGGUGUGCUCAGAGUAAUAUGUGUAAGCGUGCUGAAAACUGUGGAUUGGUGAAGGCAAAAACUGCUGCACCCAGAAAAGGAAGCAAAGGCAAAAAUAAAAUCCAUGAGAACUCGAAGCAUGCUAAGCCAGAAGUUGGCCUGACAUUAUUCCCAGGUGACUCUACUGCGAAAAAUGAACGUUGUGCCAGUGAGAUUGUUCCUGUUUCAGAUGGGACAGAAACAGCAACUCCAAGGGAGCACAGAGCAGAAGCAACUCAUUAAACGUAUCCUCAACAUGAUGGACAAAUAAUGCACAGACAGACUGGUCUUCUUUGUCCUCAGGAGUUGUAACUGAGCAGUUCAAAGUGUGGAACUACCUCCACUUAGAAAGGUGGAAAAGAUGCUGGUUGGAAGCUGUUGAAGCCCUUCUGUGCUCAUGUUUCUCCUUGCUGGAGUUUCUCCUGUGUAACCUAAACACCAUUGCAAAGUGUGAAAGUUAGAGGCAACUUUCACCUGGUUUAUUACUUGCAGGUAAUAACAGAAUGGCAAAAAUCAGCUAAUUUCAGAGUUAUUUAUUAAAGAAUAGAUUGGUUUUUUCCCCUUACAUUUGUUUUUUUCCAGCUUUACUUACAGAAUUGCAAAUCUGAGGCAAGUUUAUCCCUCAGUAUCACUGAGAGCUGCCUGAAUUUCAGUGUUUGUAAUUUGCUGAGGUGAGCAAAUGAAAGGCAAUGAUUUUUUAGUACAAGGUACAUUUACUAAAUCUCCUUUCUGCAAACACUCUAGUUUCUAAUCGAAUUCAUGAUGCAAUAGAAUGAAUGACACAAUUUUGUGGAAAAGCACCAUUUUUUAUGCCUCAUACUACUGGUAAUUAGAAACUAAUCUUUUGUCUGAGUUUUUCUCAGCUCAGUUAGCUGGGCAGACACAACUGCAUGACAAAAAUGAAGCAGGAACAGAGUGGCAGACAAAUGUGGAGGACCCCCAAAUUCUGGGGGUGUAAAACCUUCUGUGACCUUAAGCUGACU